UGACUUUACGCGUUCUCACACGUGACUCUUGACUCGUUUUCUUAAGAUUGACAUCGCAUCCCUCCAAUCGUAGCCAAGAACUUUGCAUCGUCAAGCGAGCCCCGAGAUUCUCUAGUGACGGUUAAACACCUUCACUUGGGUUUGGUGCUCAUGGUGGAUACCGUUCUUUACCCAAAUAUCAGGCUUUGAGGAACUGUCAUGUCCAAAUUGACUUCGGAAGUUGAAACACUUUAUGUAGAAGUUCACCGUCGAAUGAUCGAGAAUGGAGAGUGGGAUCGAAUAUUACAUCUUCUGUCCUCUAAGCUCUCCGAAAGUGGAUGGACAGAUGACCUUCUGCACCGUGCCAAAGAGAACAGUAGAACUAUGGACCCACUUUCCCUUCAGACGAUCCUGCAGGAAUUGUUAUCACAUGCGCAAACAAGCGUGCCUCUCUCCGUGAAAAGGGAAAUCACGACUCUUAUCAAGCAGUUUGUAAGGGAGCAAUUCGAGAAGUAGCCAAUACAAUACGCCUUGCAUGACCCAUUCUGCUCAUUCCACGUAAACCCAUUCAUGUAACUCUGUUCGCAAUUUUCAAUUAAACGGAAGGACUUUGGCCCAGGUUAUUCAAAAGAUACGUGCCCUGUCAUUUUCAUGCUAUAACCAUGAUUUUUCUUCCGCGAGAAGCACCACCCGUUACCAAUUUGAUAUAAGUACUAGCGUCUCAGGUCUCAGUAUUGCAACUGAGUGCUAUACCCGUGCAUGCUCUGCACCAACGACGUCGCUUUGGUGACACUUGAUCAGAAGGAAUACAUAGAUCAGUUUACUGGUCGAUUUACAUCAAACUCAUAGAACGUCAUGCAUGCAUUGUCAGCGAAUAUCUUCAUUCUUCGUUGUUUUGAUGCUCGUGGCCGCUCCUCUACCUACAGGUAUUUUUAUGUACCUUUAUGUACCUCGUAAUCGU